AAACUGUACAAGAUCUUGAAAUUGUUUUACUGCUAUCAGAUUGAAACAUUCCUUAAAGAAAGUCACCACCACCAGCCAAAGCCACCAUCCACCACCCAACCGCACUUAAAAAGAUCUUGUCUUCAUUUGGGUGGCUCGGCUUUCUUUUUCCUAAUUGUCUUGCCUUCUAGUGAUCUAGAAGCUAUAGCUGUCCUUUAUUGUCCAUUUUUGGUGUUAUUUUGAGAGAAUGUCCCGGAAAGUUUUUACGUUCAUUUCUUUGCUUCAGUUCACAAAGAAAUCAUGACUUCUUCUUUACUGAAAUUACUCUCCGAAGAAGGAUUGGUGCAUUCAGAGUUCUUGAGAAGUCAGAAACAAGCAAAGCUUAGAGAUGAAUCCAUAAAAUUGCCUAUAUACAUUUGCCAUGAUCAGAAAAAUCUGGAUUCUUUCAAGCACAAGACUGAUAGGGCUUCUUAUCGUAAAGGGUCUUCGGUAUUUUCAUCAAAACAAGCGAGUCCAGAUUUAGUGAGGAAGUCCAAGCCAUUAUCGUCGACGGAAGAUGAACCUGCAAUCGAUGAAGUAGCUGUCAGGACUGUGAUUUCUAUACUUAGUGGUUAUAUAGGGAGGUAUAUAAAGGAUUCGAGUUUCCAGAAAAUGAUUAGAAACAAGUGCAACUCUUGCUUAGUGAGAAAAAGAAAGGAUUUGGAUGAUGCGAUUUUCGCCAAGAUGGAGUUGGGAAUGGAGAGCAUUGAAAAGUUAGUUCAAGAACAAGGGACACGGAAGGAAUUGAGAAUCAAGUCACUGAGGAUUUCAAUUCAACUAAUGAGUAUUGUUGCUUCCUUGAAUUCUAAAAAGUCAAGAAAUGGGUCAACCUGUGGCAUUCCUAAUUCCCAUAUCUCAGCCUGUGCUCAAUUGUACUUGUCAAUUGCUUACAAGCUUGAGAGGAAUGAAAGAAUUUCUGCUAGGCAUCUACUUCAAGUCUUCAGUGAUUCGCCUUUUUUAGCCAGGACACAUUUGCUUCCUGAUCUUUGGGAGCAUUUGUUUCUUCCUCAUCUUCUUCAUCUCAAGAUUUGGUAUAAUAAGGAACUUGAAACUCUCUCCAAUUCCCAGUAUCUUGACAAGGAAAAGAGAAUGAAAGCUUUGAGUAAAGCCUAUAAUGAGCAGAUAGAUAUGGGAACCAUUCAGUUUGCCCUGUACUAUAGAGAAUGGCUCAAAGUUGGGGGCAAGGCUCCUUCUACUCCUGCUGUUCCUUUGCCAUCUAGGCCCAGUUCUGCACCAUCAAGAAGGAGAUCAUCAGAUUCUUACAGUUCACGUUCGUCCAUGAACAGGAAUUUAUACCGAGCUGUAUUUGGACCCACACCUGAGCAUCUACCCUUGGAGCUUAAUAAUCAAAGAAGAGACUCCAUGGAUGCAUGGGCUCUAAAGGAAGGAACUCUUCACUGUGAAGAAGAUGGAUACGACAAUUACAAUUAUGCAAUUACUAAGAUGAGGACUCAUCGGAGGUCAACAAGCCAAGAUUAUAGAACUUCAAAAAACGAAUUAUGGCCUGACAGGCAGAAAUCAAGCGACCACUUCAGGUUCUUUUCUUGCCAGAGUGUAGUGUCAGAGUGCUUGGUGAAAGGCAAUCAUAUUGUCAGAAGUAAUUCAAUCAACAACGUUGAGUGCAGAGAUCUACCAUUGAGUGAUCUAAGUAGAGCUGUUACUACUAUUUGCUCAUCAGAUAGUCUGACUGACUGCGAAAUUGCUAUUCGUGUGAUUACAAAAUCCUGGCUGGACUCGCAUGGUAAUCCUGUCACUGAAAAUGCUUUAUCGAAAGCAUCAGUUAUAGAGGGAAUUCUAGAGGUCUUGUUGGCUUCAGAUGAUGAUGAAGUUCUAGAAUUAGCCAUAUCAAUUCUUGCUGAGUUUGUAGCGCUGAAUGAGGCCAAUAGACUGAUAAUACUGAACUCUGAUCCACAGCUUGAAAUCUUCAUGAGACUUUUAAAAAGUAGCAGUUUAUUUCUUAAAGCUGCUGUUCUGCUUUACCUGUUGAGGCCAAAGGCAAAACAGAUGAUAUCCAUUGAGUGGGUUGCACUUGCCCUUCGUGUUCUAGAGUUUGGAGACCAAUUGCAAACUCUAUUCACUAUCAGAUGCAUCCCUCAAAAAGCAGCACUUUAUUUCCUAGAUGAGCUAUUAAAUGGUUAUAGUGAAGAUAAGAACCUGGAGAAUGCGAGUGAAGUUGUAUCCCUUGGGGGUUUGAGCUUUCUUUUAAGGGCUUUUGAGAUAGGAGACAUUGAUGAGAAGAAUAAUGCUGCUAUGCUUAUGUCCUGCUGCAUACAAGCAGAUGGUAGCUGCAGGAAUUACUUGGCUGAAAAUUUGAACAAGAAUUCUCUACUUGAGCUUGUUGCUCUUGGAAUCCAGAAGUCUAAUAGAUCUGCUUUCACUUUACUAACCGAGCUAUUAUGCCUCAAUAGAAGAAAGCAUAUCAUAGAGUUUCUAACAGAGCUUAACAAUGGGUGGUGCGGCCUAAACACUAUGCACAUAUUUCUAGUCUAUCUUCAGAGGGCUUCCCCAGAAGAACGUCCACUUAUAGCAGCAGUUCUGUUACAGCUUGAUCUUCUGUUCAGAGUAGUGAUGUUGCAGGGAAAUCCUUCAAGGUCUAGUCUAUAUAGGGAAGAUGCAGUUGAGGCAAUUAUAGAAGCUUUAGAUUGUCACAUAUGCAACUCAAAAGUUCAAGAAAAAUCAGCACAAGCUCUUUUGAUGUUGGGAAGCCAUUUUUCAUACACUGGUGAGGCAGCGGCAAAAGAAUGGCUUUUACAACAAACAGGUUGCCAUGACAAAUCAGUGGAUUUAUUUUGCAGCAACCGAAUAAUUGAUGGGAACUUGAACGAAGAGGAAAAUGCAAUGGAAGAUUGGCAAAGAAAAGUAGCAAUUGCCUUGCUCAACACUGGUGGCAAGAGAUUUCUGGCAGCCCUUUCCAAUUCCAUAGCCAAUGGCAUACAAAAUUUAGCUCAAUCAUGCCUCUAUACUGUUUCAUGGAUGAACAGAAUCUUACAAUCAAUCAAGGAUGAAACUUCUCAGUCAGGAGCACAUUCAGUUAUUGGUGCAGAACUUACAGAAUCCUCCAAUUAUGAGAGAGCUCUUUAUCCCAGCAUACUUCCUUCUAAAUUGCAGCAUCUGAUAAAGAGUUCAGAAUGUCUAUCUAUACUUUCAAAAUUGGACAAAGAGUUGAUAGACCCUCUUCGAAAUCCUUCAUAACACGUAUAGCUAUCUACUGAAAAUCCAAAACUUCAACCAAAUGAAGCAGUUUGAAGAAUCAUUAUAGUGGGUAAAAAGUUUAGCCUGUUGAAGAAAUGGAAGCAAGCAAAACCAUUAGUAACAAUAUUCAGAGUCUGUGAUCACUACUGAGUUGAAGAGAAGCAUUAGAACAGUUGUCAAGAGAUGUGUGCUGUGAGUUGUUUCUUGUUUGUGUAUUUUUGUAUGUACAUAAUGUAUAAUUCAAAGCUGGAGGCCUUCUUCACCUACAUUGAUUUUGUAAGGUCAAUUAUUUGUCAGUGAAAAAGAAUAAUAAUAUUUCUUUUCCUAUAAAAAUAAAAGAAAAUGAGCCCAUACUUAAAA